AAGAUGGUUUUUAUUGGCUUCAGAUUCAAUCCCACCGAUGAAGAGCUUAUCGAAAUCCUGAACCAGAAAGUAUCUGGGAAGACUGCCAUGGCGCCUUUGGAUUUCAUUGUUGAAAGAAAUAUUUAUGAAUUCGAGCCCCAAGAUCUUCAAUGGAUUCAAAGUGCGGCCUUUAACAAGAACGAAAAGUAUUACUAUUGUAGGAGGGAGAGCGAUUCAAGAGAAGUACCGGGUCGAGGAUGGUGGAAGGCAACAAGUCAUGUCAAGACAAUUUCUGAUAAUGGACAGGCGGUGGGUUACAAAAGACCCCUAACAUUUCACAAGUUUAGGGAUAACCAAACAAAGCGCAAAGUUGCAAUCAAAACUGACUGGAUUAUGCAUGAAUAUGGGCUUCAAUCCACUGCAACGGAGUGGAGACUCUGUAAGAUUAUGUACAAAGGAAAAGAAAAGCUUGAAGAAGACAUGGAAAACAUCAUAAACGACAAUCCAAUGAGUUCAAAAGCUGGAGUUAGCAGUAGUUCCGUAAAUCCCAUGCAGUUAGAGUACUUUGCUUUUGAGGAGCAGCAGCCAUUUCUACCACCAUUACCUGAAAACAAUUAUUAUGAAAAUUAUUUUUGGUCAUCCUCAUCAUUUGAUGAUCUGCAGCAGCAGCUGGAAUUGGCGCAGUCAUCCUCUUUAUUUGAUCCAAGUUCUUCGAUGCCAAUUCUCACACCAAGCUAUGAUCACUUUGCCCAACAAGACAACCAGCAACCAUUUGCAGACCUGUGGUCCUAG